AUGACUACUAGAAUUAACUUCAAUAGCAGAUUAUCAAGAGAUGGUUUUUUUUUAGGAUAUGUUGUUUCUUGGAUAAUCUCAGUAGUGAUUGUCUUAGUAUAAAUACUAUUCAAUUUUAUCAAUCGCAGAUGUAAAUGGAUGUCUCUUUGCUUUGCAGAUAUUUAAACUGUUAUGAUAGUUGUUUUUAUCCUCGAACUCUCUAUUAUGAAUCAACCAACACCAUAGGUUGAUGGAUUUACUAUUUGCAUGGCUCUUAUAUCAUCACUUAGCUUCUUAAAGGAUGAAAUUUAGAGAUACCGCAAAGCAGAUAGCAAUGGAAGAUAAAUUCUAUCAAAUAGAAGAGAUUCUCAUUUGUACACAGAUUAGAUAAGAGCAUCAUUAAUAGAAAGUAUGAACUAAACCACAAUCAAGAAAAACCAAUUUGAGGGAACAAAUUCUAAUGUAAAAGAUGAAAAAUUUUAGAAUUGCCAGAAUAUUUGGGACUUUAUAUAGCAUUAGGAUUAGUUCAAGCAUCAUCAAAAAGAAUAAAUAUACUGCUCAAGUAGCAUCGAAGAUGGUCUGUACUUUAAAUAUAGGUAACCAUAAACUGAGGAUUCAAAUGAAGUGAUUCAUUUAAAAUAAACCAAAAGAUUGCAAGUGUUUUCUCAAAUGAUAAAUACUGGUAAUAGAAAUCUUGUUUUCACUACCAUAAGAGAUAUGUCUCAUUGGACAGAGCUACAGAAAUAAAAGAAUCUUACUUUAUUUAAAACAUAAGCAUUUGCUUCAGCUGCGCAUGAAUUCAGAAACCCUCUUAGUGCUAUUAUCACUUCUCUUGAUCUUUUAAAAGGCAUGAUAGACCUUGAAAGAGGCCUUAAAUACUUUAUAACAGCUAAAAAUUGCUCAAAACUAAUGCUUUACCUUGUAAAUGACAUUUUGGAUUAUAGUUAGCUUGAAAGAUAGAAACUUUUGUUAAAUAUCGAUGAGAUCCAGAUUGACGUAAUCCUUGAGGAAUGCAUAAACGUGCUAAAAUUUAGAGCUGAUUUGAAAAAUUUAGAGUUAAGUUAUAGAAUUGAUAGUACUUUUCCUACUUAAAUAUGUACUGAUGAAAAUAGGCUAAGACAAAUUAUGAUUAAUUUAAUCUCUAACGCUAUCAAAUUUACCAAUCAAGGCCAUAUAAAAAUUAACUGUUAUCAAGAUUUCUAUAACAGACAAAUAAAAAUUGAUGUUGAGGAUACAGGAAUUGGAGUUGAGGAAAAAGAACUUGAGAAACUUUUUAAUGCUUAUAAAAAGAUAUAAAGAAGUAGAGAAAUGAAUCCACAUGGCUGUGGAUUAGGUCUAACUAUCAGUAAAAAUCUCGCCUAGGCACUAGGUGGUGAUAUUUCAGUAACUUCUUAGAUCAAUGUUGGCUCAACGUUUACGUUGUAGUUUCCUUAUGGAGAACAAAGACGUGCCUCAAAUUACAGAAAAUCUAUAUACAGUAAACGAUAAAGAUCUUAGACUCAGCAAUAAAAUGAUAAUUCAAAUGGGAGAAAACAAACUUUAUAAUUUUAUGCAAGAUAAAGCUCAAUAUCUCAGAAAUUUCAUAAGAAUCCAACAAAUAUUUUUGACUCUGAUAGAGCUAAUACAAGAGAUAGAGAUAUUUAACAAUCGGAAAAUAUUUAAGACCCUGAUCUUUAGACAUCUAGGUUGGAAUAGCUUAGUCCUAAUGUCCUUGGAAAAUAUCUAAAAGCAGAUAAAUUCAAUUUCCUCAUGAAAGAUGAUGUAGAUACAAGUAGAGAUUUGCUUAUUAAUGAAACAUUUAGUCUUUAGCCUUAGAGAUAGGAAUUGAAUACAUUACAUGACAUUGAAAAUUAAACUGCGAUCCAAGGUAUUAACAUGAAGAAAAAAUGUAAGUGUCCUAAAGUUUUAAUUCUAGACGAUGACCCUUUCAAUAUAAUUGCUCUUGAAGGUAUGCUCUAGGCUCUAAAUGUGGAAAAUGUAGAUAAGGCAUUUAACGGAAGGGAAGGGCUGAGUAAGAUAGAUAGUAACAUUCUUUUAAAGAACCCCUUCUCUCUAGAACAAACUAAUUGUCCUGACCAUAGGCCAUAUAGACUGAUUGUAGUUGAUAAUUAAAUGCCAUUGCUGACUGGUAUAGAAGUAGCUCAAAAAUUCCGUGAAAAAUAAAAAUAUGAUAUCUCAUUAAUGAAUACUAAGAUAGCACUUCUAAGUGGAGAUGACUUGAUAAUUAGAUAGGAGGGGUUGUAAGAUUUAUUUGAUUUUAUGAUCCUGAAACCAAUAAACUACAACUAAAUAAAAGAAAUCAUUGAAACUGCCAAAUUAAUUGACUGA